AUGGAAGAAGGAAUGCUGCCGCGCCCUACAGUGAAGACCCUGACUGGCAAGGCCAUCACCCUUGAGGUUGAGCUCAGUGAUGCCAUUGAGAAAGUCAAAGCUAAAAUCCAAGAAAAGAAGGAUACCACCUUGUACUUGAUGUUUCAUCUGUGGGAUGGCAUCAUCGAACCCUCCUUCCACCAGCUUGCCCAGAAGUACAAAUGCAACAAGAUGAUCUACCAAAUGUGUUACAUUCAGUUGUAUCCUCACGCUAUCAACUGCCACAAAAAUAAGUGCAGCCACCAAAACAACCUGUGCCCCAAGAAGGUUAAAUAA